CUACCACCGGCGUCUUCAGUACUGCAGAGUCCACCCCCAAUGCACGCCCCACCACCAAGACUGUCCUUGCCUCCGCCUCUGCUGCCGCCUGCCCUUACUCUUCUGACGGCGAAGAUGGGCCUUACUUCGACCUGGAAUUCACCCUUCCUGAACAAGAAAGCGACGCCGAGGAGGAACACUUAGCAGAAACCAAGCGGAAAGCCCAGAAAACGGAAAAUGAAGACGAAACUGAAAGUGGGUCUGACGCCGACGAAAUAUCAGUGCAGGAAAAUGACGAUGAUGAAGAAGAAGAAGGAGAGCUGAAAUUUGCAGUCACGAGUACAGAUGAAAACGUGACGCUUUCGCCUUCAGACGAGCUCUUUUUUAAGGGGAAUUUGGUCUCCAUUGAGCCUUCAAGCAUUUUGUUGAAUGGGUCGGAGGAGAACUCCAAAAUCCCUGUUUUUCUACUGAAAUCAGCGACGAAAUUUCGUGUGCUUUUGCUCAAGCUCAAGAAAUCAAAACCCGCCAACGGAGUUAGUCUUGAAAAGGCUGACAAGAACGAGGUGGCUACUGCCCAAGUUUCCGCCGCUCCGAGCAUUGGUGAGAAAGAGAAUCAGGGGAAAGUGCGUGGUAAGCUUUUAGCUGUGAAGUUUAAAGUUGAGGAAGUGCCGCUUGUGUCUUUGUUCACAAGAGAUUCCAGCUCCAAAGAAAACCCCGGCGGCAAAGGGCUCAAACACAGCGCUCAAGAUUCAGACACAACCGCCGCUUCCGACGAGAAAAAGCUGGCCAAAGAAGUGGUGCAAAAGUACCUCAAAAUGGUCAAACCUUUCUACAUUCGCGUCUCGAAGCUGAAGUUCUCCGGGCACUUAAGCUUCCCCGGCGGAGGUUCCAAGGGCUGUGCAGCGCCGCCGUGUACGGCGGGGGAGAAAGGAGUAGAGAGUUCGGCCGAGGCGGCGACUAGCAAUGUCAUCAAGACUCCAGUAAAACAAGGGACGAACAAUCUGCAGGCAGGGCUAAAAGUGGUGCGCAAGCGCCUGGGCAAAAGCCGGUCCGCGCCCGCCGCCGUGGCGGCGUCCCCUCCUGGAAAGACGACCUCAACCCGCCGUGACGACUCGCUGUUGCAGCUGCAGGAUGGGAUCCAAGGCGCCAUUCUGCACUGCAAGAAAUCAUUCAAUGCCUCCAGAGACGUAGAAUCUUCUUCAAUCCUAUGGCGUUCAGUGAGUGAUCCAUCCUAUGAGAAAUCCCUGAUUAUUGCAAAAGCUUCAACAUCAUCGUAUUCCGGGGAUGCUAAGAUUAAGGAGCCCAAGAUGUAGGUGGAUAGAUAUAAUUAUUGUAAGUAUAUAUAUAUAUAUAUAUUAUUUUGUUGUAUUAUUAUUAUAAUAUAUAUAUAUGUAAAAAAUAAAGUAGAAAGUAGUGGUAGCGGUAGUGUAGGUCAAAGUGGUAGAAAUAGGUAGGGAGAAAAGCAACUUAUGGGGUAUGGUCCUUUUGAGUUAUGUUGGUUUGAUUUGGGCAUUGUGGAUUUGGAAUGAGUGAUGAAUUAUUACUCCUCUCCUUCCUUCUUUUUAAA